AUACGGAAAGUCGGAAACCAAGCUGCAGCUUCUGUGUUCUCUUCCUUUUUUCUUCAAUGGAGUUCCUCUCUUUCAUUUUUCUUCUUCCUCUGUUCUGUUCCUUCUACUUGAUAUGGAAAUGGGUCGCUGCGAAGAGAGACAAAGAAUGUUUCAUUUUAGACUAUCAAUGUUACAAGCCCACAGACGACCGAAUGGUCGGAACGGAGUUCGGCGGCGAGUUAAUAAAGAGGAACAAGAACCUCGGACUCAACGAGUACAAGUUCCUUCUAAAAGCCAUUGUCAGCUCCGGCAUUGGGGAACAAACCUACGCGCCGAGGAUCGUUUUUUCCGGCAGGGAAGAGAGUCCGACAUUGGCCGACAGUAUAUCGGAGAUGGAGGAGUUCUUCUUUGACAGCGUCGAGAAGCUUCUAGCCCGGUCUGGAUUUUCCCCUCAGGAAAUCGAUCUCCUCGUCGUGAACGUUUCGAUGCUUUCCUCUGUUCCGUCUCUGGUUUCGACGAUUAUAAAUCGCUACAAAUUGAAGGAUAAUAUCAAGGUUUUUAACCUCACCGGAAUGGGUUGCAGCGCCAGCCUGAUUUCUCUUGACGUUGUGCGAAGCGUUUUUAAAUCGUACAGAAACGUGAAUGCUCUGUUGGUGACGUCGGAGUCUCUUAGUCAGAAUUGGUACACCGGAAAUGAUAAAUCGAUGAUACUGGCCAACUGUUUGUUCCGUUCCGGUGGCUGCGUUAUCCUGCUGACCAACAAUCGUACAUUGAAGCACCGGGCGAUGUUCAAACUGAAAUGCCUGGUGCGAACCCACCACGGUGCUCGAGACGAGUCGUACGGAUGCUGUACCCAGAAGGAAGACGAGCAGGGGAGGAUGGGUUUCUUUUUGGGGAAAAACCUCCCCAAGGCGGCAACCCGGGCGUUCGUGGACAACCUCCGCGAAAUUUCCCCCAAAAUCUUACCCGUACGGGAGCUGCUUCGAUUCUCGGUGGUUACCCUCUUCCGGAAAUAUAGCCGCCGUUGUGGAUCCACCACCAAAGGAGCUCCCACCAAAUCUGUGAUUAACUUCAGAACAGGGGUGGAUCAUUUCUGCAUCCACACUGGCGGGAAGGCCGUGAUCGAUGGAAUCGGAAUGAGUCUGGAUCUCACUGAACAGGACUUAGAACCGGCGAGGAUGACCCUUCACCGAUUCGGAAAUACCUCAGCGAGUAGCCUCUGGUACGUUCUGACGUACAUGGAGGCGAAAAAGAGGCUGAAGAAGGGAGACAGGAUUUUCAUGAUAAGCUUCGGGGCCGGUUUCAAGUGCAACAGCUGUUUUUGGGAGGUGACGAGGGAUUUGACGGUACCCGGCGAGGGGAAUGUCUGGAACGACUGCAUUGAUAGCUACCCACCAAAUUCUCUGGCCAACCCAUUCAUGGAGAAAUAUGGAUGGAUUCAGAAUGAAGAUGAAAGCACAUCCAAACUUCCUUUGUAAAAUUAAAGGUAAAAUUAGAAGAAGAAAAAAAAAAUACUGAGAUGUUUGAAUUAAUUCGUCAUUUGUUUCUGUUAUUUGAUGAUUAUUAAUUAUUUAUAUAAGUUUCUGAUUAUUGUUAAAUCCCAUGGUGGAUUUACAAUCAAUAAGGAUGAAAAUUUCCC